GAAUAAUACGAUAUAGAUAAUUUGGCUCCCGAUACGUGUUAACAAUUGAUUUACUUUAUCGUUUAAUACUGCAAGAUGAAAUUAUUAACUCACAAUAUGUUGACAUCAAACAUUAUAAAGGGUGUAACAAAAGGAUACCCCUUAAAAAUUGAGUGCCAACAAAUUGAAAUAGUCGAAACAGAAUUUAAUAAGGAAUUUUUGGAAAAAAUGAUUCCUAAAAUUGAUUAUGGAGUGCUUUGUAGAGCUGCUGAUCAGAUUGGUCAUUUAGGGGAUUUACCUAAAGUCUUACCCGAAACCUCUGACUAUAAUGAAGAAUUCAUGAAAGAAUUACACCGUGUCCUUUUAAAAGUAGAAAUUAAAGAGGGGAAUUUAGUAUGUCCUGAAACAGGACGUAAGUUUCCUGUAUCCAAUGGAAUACCUAACAUGCUUUUGAAUGAAGAAGAAGUUUGAAAAAAUCGCAUUUAUUUAUUCUUAACAUAAUGUUGUGAAUUUUUUCUAGCCUUUUUGAAGUCUUCGUGAUAUUUUGUUAUUUGUUUAAACAUGUGAAAAAGCGUCAAAUACAAAUUUGCAAUCUUGUCAUUUGUUUUAAUAAAGUAAUACUACUUUGCUUAUUCUAAAAAUAUAUGGGUAAUGAAGACUAAGGCAAGCACGCUGUGCCAUAUAUACACAAGUAUAAUGAUAGCGAGAGUUCACAUUUGACAGAUGCAUUCGAUAUCCUUACG